CAAUAUUUAGUUAGCGCAGCAUUUGUAGUGAACGCUACAACAAUACAUUAAGGCCAAGUCUCAGCAAUCUUUUCUCAUUGGGGCCCUGGAAUCGUUCCACUUCAUUGUGCGUUCGUCGUCAGUUCUUAAGAGCACUUUCUGUAUUCUUUCUGUGUUUUUAGAAUCAUGUUGCCCACACGAGAAUUUGAUACACUGACAGAGAUGCUUGUAAAUAAUUACCGUUUGGAUGGUAGAUCACUCAGCGAAUACCGUGAAAUUAGUUUUCGUUUCCCUCAAGGGAAGGAUCGCGAAGUCUCUGGCUGUUGUGUUGUCAAAAUAGGUGCUACGUCGGUCAUGGCGCAAGUUUCAGCAGAAGUUAUCGAACCGAAACAUUUCCGACCAUCUCAAGGAAUGUUGUUCGUGCACUUUGAUGCCAGUAUUUUAAAGUUGUGUAGAACUGUGUAUCACAAACAAAAGCGUGAUGAUGAAGGACGUCGAUUAUCAGCCGUUCUGCAGACACUUCUUCGAGAUUGUAUUGACUUAGACUCCCUCUGUAUUGUCGCAUGGGAACGCGUUUUCGCCAUACGAGUUGAAUUGCGCGCCUUGUCGUACGAUGGGAAUUUAGGAGAUUGUGGUGCAUUAGCCGCAGUCGCUGCAUUGGCUGCUUUCCGCCGACCAGAUGUAUUUGUUGAUGAUAUGGGCAAAGUAUCAGUUGAUUUUGAAGCGAAGUUCCGACCACGAGUUCCUUUGGGCGUUCGUCGUAUCCCUGUACUAGUUACACUUGGUUUAAGUAAUGAUGCUAAAGUAGCUCUAGUCGAUCCUACUGCUCGUGAAGAAUUUAUUCUCAAUGGUGGACGUAUAAUGCUUGGCUUAACGAGUUUCUCGGAAAUAUGUUGUUUGUAUACUACUGGACUUUCUGUACCUAUUAAGUGUUCAUCCCUUUCCAAAUGUAUUCGUCUAGCUAAUACGAAAGCCAAAUGUCUUGUACCGUUGUUAAACUGGGUUUUAGAAGGUUUAUCUGUUCAACGAGAGGCGAUUUUAGCUGUUUCUCAUGCACGUUCCAGUGAGAUCAAAGAAAGCAGUCAGUCCAUGUUAAAUGCUCCGUUGGUGUUGUCAACUUCAUCAUUUUUGUUGGAGGGAAACAAUCAAGCCAAUGAUGAAUCGGCUAUAGGCAGAGAAGAAGGAGAAAUUUUGCCAAGAGACAACGACUUUAAUUUAGACUCAGAUGAUGAUAUGGAUGUAGUUAGUUCUGAAGAGGAUAAAUCAUCUGCUACAGCUGUACACAAUAAGCAUCAGUCUCCCACAAAAUUUUUACCUUAUGGUGUGAUUGAAGUUUCCAGCAGUAGUAAUCGAAAUGUAGACACAGAUAUUGCUGACUCAUCUGCAAAUGAACUAUACGAAUUUGAUCCUGUGCAUAUGUUUAGUGCAGGUUCUCUUAUCCCAGAGGCUGUAAAUGAAUCUAAUACUGAUAUUUCCACUGGAAUUGACGGUAUAAUUAGAUCUGCAAAUGAGGAGGAUGAAGAAGAUGAAGUCAUUGUCUUAAACCUUGUAUAAUGUUUAGGUUUUUCUCAAUUGUCUUUUGUACAGUCACGUUUAUUUUUGUGAAUAAAGUGGUCUUCCGAAUAA